AUGGACCAGCGACGUGGCGGCCAACCCAGGUCCAGCAUUCCAGCCAAACGAUCAGCCGCCGAUGCCCAAGAGGAAGCAUGGGUUGCCAACGAGGACCGCUUUGUGCUCAAGCAGGCCAAGAAGAAGGCCAUUAUUCGAGCACGCGCUGGUAGAGCCGACCCCAUCGAUCUGCUUGCCGUCACACUACGAGCUCUGGAUGCCACGCGCGACGGCUACGACAGCGACGACGACGAUGGAGAACUCCCCGCCGUCGACCCCGAGGGCGUCUUCGAAGGCCUUGACGACAUGCAACUCGACGAACUGGACAGAGGAAUCGACACCUACCUGACUCUGGAGCACAGCAGAAGUAAUCGCGACUUUUGGACCACAAUGAAGGUCAUUUGCAAAGACAGACGACGUGCUGCGCCUAGCAAGCUACAAACUGCACGAGGAAUGUCAUCCGUAACCCCUGAAAUCGAUCGUCUACUAGGACCCAAGACACACGCACAGCUCGAGGCCCUGGAGAAGCAGGUCAAAGCAAAGCUGAGAUCCAACGACGACAUUGAUGUCGAUUACUGGGAGAACCUCCUCAAGAGCCUGUCCAUUUACAAAGCCAAGGCCAGGCUACGCCAGGUCUCCAAAUCUGUAUUGGGUGCCCGUUUGGAGACAUUGCGACAACAACAAGAGCAAGAGGCUAUGCUUCUUCGCAACAAAGUCAGGGAGAGUCUGAACUCAUCCGUGCUCGCUGCUUCAGAAGACCAGGCGCCAACCACAGUAACACCCGCUGUUUUGGAUCCAGAACCCUUGCUACGCCUGAAUCCGGAAGACAAGACGUUGAUCUCGUUGGAAGAAGACGACUUCAAGCAGAGAUUGAUUCAGGACCGGCGCAGAGUACUCAAGCUCGGCUAUAUUCCAGCUCGUCAUGGCAGCAAGACCUCCACCACCGAACUCACCUUGUCUUCCGAACCUAAGCGGGACGACACGUCUAGAGUCACCAGUGCAUUGUAUGAUCGUGAGGCUGCCAGAGGCUUCAACGACAACGAAGAAGCGUUCAAUGCCGAGGAGGACGUCUCGACAGGUAGACCCAAAUGGGCAGAGACAUACCGCCCAAGAAAACCACGCUACUUCAACAGAGUCCAGAUGGGUUACGAGUGGAACAAGUACAACCAGACUCACUACGAUCACGAAAAUCUCCCUCCCAAGGUCGUUCAGGGCUACAAGUUCAACAUUUUCUAUCCCGAUCUUGUUGACACAACCAAAGCACCUACUUUCCGUAUCGAGCGCGAAAACGGUCGCAAGCGAGGUGAAUCGUUUGCUCCUGCAGGAGCUGAGGACACUUGCCUCAUCCGCUUUGUUGCUGGACCCCCGUAUGAGGACAUUGCUUUCCGUAUCGUCGACAAAGAGUGGGACUACAGUGCAAAGCGCGAGCGUGGCUUUAGAAGCAGUUUUGACAAGGGAAUUCUCCAGCUGCAUUUUCAGUUCAAGAAAAUCUAUUACAGGAAAUGA